GUAACUUAACCCUCAUUGUCCUGAUCAAAAAAAAAAAAAAAAAAGAGGAAAUGACUUCUAAAACCUUAACAGCCAGAUCCCAGGAUUUUUUCAGUAAAAUGGAGACUCCUUGAGGGGCUAUUUGGUUUUGUCUUCAUAUUCUGGAGACUGGAACAGUGCCUUACUCAUGAUGUUGACCUUCCAGGAUGUGACUGUGGACUUCACCUGGGAGGAGUGGAGGUUGUUGGGCCCUGCUCAGAAGGACCUUUUCAGGAAAGUGAUGCUGGAGAACUAUGAGAAUUUUGCCUUCCUGGCAGGACUUCCAGUUUCCAAACCCAGUAUGAUCUCCCAACUGGAAAGGAGAGAAAGCCCAUGGAUAUCAGAGGAAGAAGCUGCUCUUUUCUUUGAAGAUUCCCUUACUCAGAAGACAAGAUAUGAAACCAAGACAUCAACUCGAAAGCAGGUUAUAUAUAUAGAAAGAUCUUCUAAAGAGAAAUUUACAAAGGAUGCCCUAUGGGAAACCAGGUUGGGAGAAGCAUGGGAUCAUGAUGUCUGGAUAGAGAGGCAAAGGGGAAAACAAGAGAGACAAUCUAGGAGGGUAGCAACAAAUCAUAAAUGCAAUAUAUUUGGGAGGCAACUUGUUUGGGGGGCAGUCCUCAUUGAGAACCAGGGAAUUCCUACAAGAGCCAGUCUCCCUAAAUCUGAUACAAUUAGAAAGGGUUUCAAACAGUUUUCAGACCUAAUUAAACAUAAUAGAACUGCCUUAGGGAAAAAACUUUGUAAGAUUAGUAAAUACAGGAAACCUUUCAGUUAUCAGGCAAACCUUAGUCAUUACCAUAGAACAAAUACUCAUAAUAAUAAUAAGCAUAAUGAAUCUGGCAGAACUUUCAGGAAUAUUUCAUGUUUUACGAUACAUCAAAGCAAUCAUACUAGAGAAAAACCAUAUAGGUGUAAUGAAUGUGGUGAAAACUUCAGUCGGAAAGGAAAACUUAAUGCUCAUAAAGUAACUCCUACUGGAGAGAAACACUUUGAAUGCAAUGCAUGUGGAAGAGGGUUCAGAUAUCAUUCGUAUCUUGUACAGCAUCAAAUAAUCCAUACUGGAGAGAAACCCUAUAUAUGUAAUCAGUGUGGAAAAGCAUUUAACCGGAAAGGAAGCCUAAGUAGACAUAAAAUGACUCAUACUGGAGAGAAACAUUUUGAAUGCAAUGAAUGUGGAGAAGGCUUCAGGUAUAGAUCAUUUCUUGUGCAACAUCAGCGAAUUCAUACUGGUGAGACACCCUAUAAAUGCAAUGAAUGUGGGAAAACCUUCAGCCAGAGACAAAGCCUUAAAUUACAUGAAAUAAGUCAUCCUGGUGAGAAACCGUUUAAAUGCAGUGAAUGUAGAAAAGCCUUUAUCCCGAAGGGAGAUCUUAUUAAACAUAUGAGAAUUCAUACUGGAGAGAAACCCUAUAAAUGUGGUGAAUGUGAAAAAACCUUCAGCCUGAGGGGAUGUCUUAGAGCACAUAAGAGAAUUCACACUGGAGAGAAACCCUAUAAAUGUAAUGAAUGUGGAAAAGCCUUCAGGCAAGGGGGAGGUCUUAGUGCACAUAAAAGAAUUCAUACUGGAGAGAAACCUUUUAAAUGUAAUGAAUGUGGAAAAGCUUUCAGCCAGAAGGGAAACCUUAAAACACAUAAGAGAAUUCAUAUGGGUGAGACACUCUUUGAAAAGAAUGAAUGUGGGAAAGUCUUCAACAGAAAGGGAAACCUAAAUAGAAGUAAAAUAACUCAUACUGGAGAGAAACCCUUUGCAUGUAAGGAAUGUGGCAAAAGAUUCAAGUACCAUGUAUUCCUGGUAGAACAUCAAAGAGUUCAUACUGAUGAGACACCCUAUAGGUGCAAUGACUGUGGGAAAACCUUCAGCCAGAAGAGACGCCUUAGGACACAUCAAACAAUUCAUCAUAGUGAGAAACUCUUUAAGUGCAGUGAAUGUGGAAAAGCCUUCAGCAUGAAAGGAGAUCUUAAUAAACAUAAUAGAAUUCAUACUGGAGAGAAACCUUAUAAAUGUAAUGAAUGUGAAAAAGCUUUCAGCCAGAGGGGAGGACUUUAUACACAUAAAAGAAUUCACACCAGAGAGAAACCAUAUACAUGUAAUGAAUGUGGAAAAACCUUCAGACAGAGGGGAGGCCUUACUGCACAUAAGAGAAUUCACACUGGAGAGAAACCCUUUAAAUGUAAUGAAUGUGGAAAAGCCUUCAGCCAGAAGGGAAAUCUUAAAACACAUAAGAGAAUUCAUACAAGUGGUUUGCCCUUUGAAUUUAAUAAAUAUGAGGAUAGUGUUUGCCAAUAAUCCAAACCUAAUGACCUCAGAUAAUUUGUGCUCAAGAGAAACACUUUCAGCAUAAUACAUGUGAGAAAGCUUUAAGCUAGAGGGGAUUGUUUAAUGAAUAUAGGAUAUUUCCUUCUGAAGAGAAUCCUUUUCAGUAUAAUCAGUGUGAGGAAGCUUUCAAAUGGAGUUGAAACUUUAUGCAAUAUUAGGGAGUUGAUAAACUUGAAUAUAAUGAAGGUGGAAGAUCCUUAAGUCCAAACUUUAUUGCGCAUAAUUCAUGGUAGAGAAAACCAUUGAGUAUCAAGAAUGUGUGGGAACAUUCCGGUACAGCUCACCACUAAGGAAAUAGAGGAUCCAUACUAAAGAGAAAGCUUUUCAGGAUAAUGACUGUGGGAAUAUUGUCAAGUGAAGUAGUAGUUUGAGGUGUCAUAAGAGGUUUUAUUUAUCAAUUAAUCUGAGUAUUCAGUGCCAUACUAAUCAAACAAACAAAUGAUUAUUCUAUAGGACUAACUAGAAAAAAAUAAUAAAAUUCAUAUAGAGGCAAAAAAAAGUCAAGAAUUUCAGGAUAAAAAAUGAAAAGAAAUGGGAAUGAAGGAGGUCUAGCAGGUCAGAUCUCAAAUACUACAAUGUAAUAGUUCUUAAUAAUUUAGUACUGGUUAAAAAAGAGACCAAACACUGAACCAGAUUACAUACACAACAUACAGAAACAAGUAUAUCUAGUACUCUCAUAUUUGAUAAACACAAAGAUCCCAGCUACUGGGAUAAGGGACUCACUAUUUCACAAAAACUACUGGGAGAAUUGGAUAGUAGUAUGGAAGAAAUUAAAUUCAGAACAACAGCUCACAAUUUAUACAAAGAUAAGCCUCAAAUAGGUACAUGGUCCAGUA